CGGUGGUGUGUAAUGCAAGUUAGUGAAAAAAGUGGGCUGCUGCUCAUUUUUUUCUUGUUUUGAUGUUGGAGCAGUGGAUCUUCGAUCUCAACAAAUUCUAACAAAUUUUUGGUUUGGUUCUUUGUGUUUGUAGAUGCAGAUCUUCGUUAAGAACCUGGGAGGAAAGACCAUGACCGUCGAGGUUGAAAGCUCAGACCCUAUCCAUGACGUUAAGACUAAGAUCCAAGAAGAGGAACUUCUUAUCUUCGCUGUAAAGCAACUCAAGGGCUACCCAAUCCUGAAGGAAACCGCCGGUUUCAUUUUCCGACUUGUGCCCCGUCGUCUCAAGAGGAUGAUUCUGAAAUUGGAGGGUAUUCCUCCCUGCCAUCAAGGGCUGUUAUUCGGUGGAAAGCAACUCAACGACAACCAAACCCUAGCUGACUACGACAUCCAGAAGGGAUCUACCCUCAACCUUGUGCUCCGAUUGAGGGGAGGUGUGGAGCGGAUCGUUAUCAAAACUUUGACGGGUGAAACCAUUACCCUUCGUGUGGAGACGUUAGGUACCAUUGGCGAUGUCAAGGCCAUGAUCGAGGAAAAGGUUGGUGUUCCUCGAGACAUGCAGAGGCUGGUUUUUGCUGGUAUACUGCUUGAAGAUGAGAAAACCCACCCUCGCUGAUUACAAAAUCCAGACUGGGUCGUCUGUAUACUUAGUGCUGCUUUUGAAGGCGCAUGACUACGUGAAAUCUAACAUUCAUGACAAAAGGAGGCCAUUGGCUAUUCGCCACACCGCAGAGACUCACUGAUGAACGCUAUGAAGCUCCCUGCUUGAUCUCCUUUUGUUUUUGGGGUUCUUAUGAUUGCUCUUUUUGAGUUUAUCUGCAGGUGAAAAAUAAUUGUUCUUUCUAAGAGACAGGAUUCCUUAGAAGGGAUAUAGGGUUCUUCCCAAGGAAGUGUCUCGACUCUGAUGUGUGUGGGAGGGGGUGGUUUAAUGUGAAAAUCAUGUGUAGCCACUACAUUGGUGCAAUGAGUAUCGGAUGGUUAUGAGUC